GCUGAUCAUCAGUGCACUAAGAAUAGAACAACAGGACUCUGAGUUACAGCUCAACUUGUGUCAGUCCGUCAUCACCUCUGAGCCGGUCACUGUGAGAAUAAUGGAUCCUUAUCACAACCAGAGAGACACCAGACACCAGCUCAACUCCAGCAGGGACUCUGUGAAACUCGGAGACACAUCAGCUACACCUGGAGGUGCUCCCACACCUGAGGACCCCCUCAGAGAGGCACCUGACAGCCGGGAUCCACAAGCGACACCCCGGCAGCCUCAGUACUCCAGUGGAUACCACAUGAUCCCACCAAAUGAAGCUCGCCGACGAGAGACCCAAAUGAUUGCUCAGAAAGGUGAGGAGACUUUUCAGAAAUGGAAAGAGGCGAACAGACCCACCGCCGUGCACCUGACACCAGAGACGCUGGGUGGGAAUGUCACAGAGGCUGAAGCCAGAGCGAGGCAGUUUACAGACUUACGCUGCUCCAAAAUCCAGAAGAAGCUGAAAAAGGAGGAGUUGGACAAAAAGAGGAGACAAGAAGAGGAGGAGGAGAACCAGAGGAAGAAAGAUAAACAGAGGGAGAUGGCUGAGCGCCGGGAGGAGAAGAGGCGACAGGAGGAUGAGAGGAGGAGGGAGCAGUUCGGGCAGGAUCACGUCAGGAAGGCUGAGAAGUUUCUGCAGAGGUUUGAGAGAUCGGGUCCGCCGGCAUCCAGCAGCGCCACACACACGUCAUCGAGGAGUGAGGCCAUGGAGACUCAACAGAGACAGAAGGAGUCGAAAAGUGUGAGAGACCAACAGCUGGAACACCGGAGGGUGAACUUAGCCUUCCUGGACAGGCUCGAGGGUCAAGGCAGUGGCAGCGAGAAAGAGACACAGGAGGGAGGUUUUCGGGGAGAAGAGAAUCCAGUUUUGGCACCUGAAGACUUUAGACACCAGCCGUCCAAUCAAACUGGACAACAACCCCCCCUGGCUCACCUGACCCCAGACCCAGAACAGAGCUACUCGGGCUGGACCGAAGAAUCUGACUCUGACUUUGACUGGGCCCUGAUGAAACUGAUGAACAGCUUCCCAUACUGCGACAAAGACUUCCUAGAAGGCAUCCUCAAACAAUGCGGUGGUGAUUACGAGCAGGCCUACGCACUACUCAACUGCAAUUAAAAUUUAUGUUCCUUUUGAGUGAGGGCUGUCUGUCACUGAAUAUUGUGAGUGAAGCUUAAGGAGUUGGGCCAAGUAAAAUUUGUAUACCCAGUGUUCAGAUGAUAAAGAAAAGCUAGAAGCAAGUCACCUUGGUGUUUGAUGCUUGUAAAUGCUGCCUACACUACACAGCUGCAUUAAAUAUAUACCUAUAAAGCAG